GAGUGUGUGAGAGCGUGAGAAAGGGGGUUUGAAGGAGAGUGAGAAAGGGGGAGAGAGAGAGUUUGAAACAGAGUGAGAGAGUGGCGGAGAGAGAGUUUGAAACAGAGAGACAGGAGAGGAAGAACAUACUGCAAGAGAAGAGUGGCAGGUAGUUCUCUCUGACCACAAUGCAGCCAACUAUCACUGAAGCUGGAUACCCUGACGGAAAGCCACUUAAAAGAUACCACUAUUGAGUAUAAUGAGCUCCGUUCUUCUCAACCCACGACAGACGUCUCCGGCCGCCAUGUCCCUUGCAGACUCCCCGCGGUCGUCCGUGUUCACGUUUGAGUCCCGGACCCACUGCCUGAACGUGCUGGGCCGUCUGGACGAGCAGCGCCACGGCGACCGUCUCUGUGACAUCACGGUGGAGGUGGACGGCCAGAGCUUCAGGGCGCAUCGCGCCGUGCUCACCGCCUGCAGCGAGUACUUUGCCAACGCCAUCUCCAAGUACGCGCGCCAAGGAGCCGUCCUCACUCUUCCACCGGAGGUGACAGCUGCCGGCUUUGAACCUCUUCUGAAAUUCGCCUACACAUCCAAACUCCUCUUCAGUAAGCAAGAUGUCCUUGAAGUACGCAGCGCCGCAUCCACUCUGGGAUUCAGAGAUUUGGACAAAACCUGUUUUGAGUUUCUCCUGCCAAAGUUCUUCAACAGCGCCGGCAGCUCUGCGCCGUUUCCCAGGAAGACAUGUUGCAAGAAGAAAUGCAAGAAGCUGUGGUCGAAGGGAGACGAUCACCUGCCGAGCCGCAAAAAUGAAACAAAACCAGCGUCUGAUUCGUCCUCUGACCAGGAAAUGGGCUGGCAGGACAACCACCCUGGAAUCGGUCAAACGGGAAUUAAGAAAAGCCGAACGAUCAGAACUUCUGGGACGGAUAAAAAAUCUGAGGAGACAAAUGGCUAUUUUCUGCAGUGUCCAAAGUACCGCAAGUUCCAGCUUGCUUGCUGCAUGGACAGAACCCUGGACCUCCCAGCCGGGGCCAACCUUCCCCUCUCUGGUCACAACAGUCGCGGCUCUGAGGACCAGAGAGAGAGCGUAGUCGAGAACCCUGCAAGAACAGACGCUGCACAUCGCGUUGGUUCCAUGGAAGCCGCAGCAGAGGAAAAAUCUCACGCAGGAUCACAGGGGGUGACCAAAAGCCAAUCGAACGUUGAGCUAGUGGAUGACGACGAUGUCGAAGCUAAACGGAACCCGGGCGACAGCGAGAUGGGAGAACCGCGAGUGAGAGCCUUGGGCUGGGAUGCUGCUGUUGACGCAAGGUCUUCCGGGACCCCAGCAGGCCUCCGAGACAGCUCCAAAGACGGAGCGGACCGCUCUGAGGCUAGUUCUACCCCGGGUCAGACGGCACCAGGGUUUAUAUUACACCAUCCUCUCCCUGGACGGUCCCCUAGAGAGGACAGACCCGGCGUAGGGCACACGGGGCCAGCAGAGGCGAUCGUCGCAGUGGUCGAGGCGGACCACAAGAACCGUAGAGCGGUCCUACCUGUGGCCAGCCGUUUGAAGGCAGAAGAAGAGAGCUGGAUGGGACGAGGGAAAGGACGCUUCUCAGUGGGAGAGGCUCCCGACGAAGGGGCGAGAGAGAGGAGCAGGGUGGAGAUGGAAGUGGCCGGGCCCUUACCGCCCCCCCAAACGGGUCACUACCCAGGCCCAGGGAGCUCCCCGAUGGACCAGCUGAGAGUCCCGGUCCAUCCCAGGGUCGGAUCCACCUGCUGCCCGUUCCUGAAGGGCCUGGCGCCGGACGAAGGGGAACGGCAGGCGGCGGAGGGCGCUGUGUCGUGUGAGAGUCCGGGGAUGUCUCCGUCACAAAGGCCUCCCCCCGAUGUGUCGCCGAUCACCUCGACGGAAGAGGCGGACUCGGAAACGGAAACGGAGUGCGAUGACUCGUUUGCACAGGAGAAGGCCCGACAGGUGCAGCUGCCCUUCUCCGUGGACUGGGUGGUCAACCUGAGCAAGAUCGACUUCCAGCAGCUGCUGAAGAAGCAGACCCUGAACCUGGAGCAGCAGGAGUUUGUCCAUGACAUGCGCCGCCGCAGCAAGAACCGCAUGGCGGCACAACGCUGCCGCAAGAGGAAGCUCGACUGCAUCUACAGCCUGGAGUGUGAGAUCAACAAGCUGAGGACAGAGAGACAGAGGAUGCUGGCCGAGCAGAUUCGACUCCAGCAGCUGAAGAUGAAGACGUGGCACACCGUGUCGGCCUUGUGCGACAAGAUCUGCAGCGAGGCCAGCCUGAUGCCGGAGCAGCUCCAGGUGCUGGCCAAGUACACCACGGCCGACUGCCCCUUUUCCUCUUUAAUCCCCCGCCUAGACACCGCCCUCUCUGGGCCAACUCCUUCACCGCAGGCCCAGGCUUCGUUGCCGGCCUGCCCUUCAGACCUUGCUGCAGAUGAGGCUUAUCCGAUCGUCAAGCGGUGACAUGUUCAGCGGGGAAGGACAAUCUUUGGAGGAUGCUGAGGCCCCUUGAAGGAGUCAGAAGAAGCCUUUGAGUACUUGCACACCACUCAAAGGGAACAAGGCUUGUGGUUGGAGAAGCCGGAUAUCAGUUUUUCAACAAAGGGGAAAUAACUUAUUCCAAAUACAGACAGCAGGAUUGGCUGGUGGUUAUUAUGGUGCUUGACACCCAGCCAAAAGGGUUCUGGGUUUGAUUCCAAAUGUCCACAGUCUGCCUGUGGCCAUUGCAUCAAUCCCUCAAUCCCCUACACUCAUAAAUCACCAACCCAGGCCUUACAGUAUUGUAAGUCAAUCUCACUCUCACACUGUCACCACAGAACAAUGUCUCAGGUCAACCACGACAAACAAUACCUCUCGCAACAUUUUUCGUCCUCCUCCUGGACAUUUGAAUGAGCCACACAAGACACGGGCGCUGAAAUUGCUGUAUAACUGCAGCUAGACAAACGGACGGCCUUCCGUGGUCACACCGUGUCGCUUCGACUCUGCGUGUUUUCAUGUUUCAUUGUGGUUCCGCCUCCUUUGGCCACACAGCCGGCCCCAGUGACUCAGCUGGGUUCAGGGAGAAACCAACUUUUGCCCACACCACAGCAGUGUGAUGUCUUAUGUGAAGGUAUUUUACAUGAAAGGAGCAUUUCCGGGCCACAACUCUUCUAGUAUAAUCAAGCUGUGUUGACAUAUUUCCGGAAGUGUUUUGGAAAGUGUUUAUGUUGGUUGUAAAAUACUAAGGAAAUAAGGUCUAUGUGUUCAUUUCUUUUCUACUUUAAUUUAAUUUACUUCAAGCUGUGCUCCCAUUUUUCUUUCUAGUUAAUUGUUUUGAUUUGUCGGUUGUUUUCUUUUUCACCAUGGUUACAUCACCUCUGACUCACACUUGAUUCCCACUUUUAUUGAUAUGCAAACUUUUCGAUAGCCUAAUCAAAUCAACCGUCAGCUUUAUGCGAUCCACGUUGAAAGAUCAUGAUCAAAGAAGAUUUUGGUUUAAAUGGUUUAUAAAUAAGUUGUUGAUUAUCGUAGUGUUUUUAUAAUUGGAUUUAUAUUUUUUUACUUUGUUUUUGAUAGCUUUAACACCAUAAAUAAAAAUCGAAAUAAUACUCAUGGGGUUGGUAAAGCUAGCCAAUAGAAACUAUGUUUUUUAAAUCGGUUGAAUUUAAGUAAAUCAUCUAGAAAAGGA